GCUGUAGACCACUUUACAGAGAGAAGAAGAAGCCCAAGCCACUGAACUCUACCCAUCUUGAGAGUGGCCAUAUUUCUACUGUCAAAGUUUCUACAUUUAGGAACUCUUUCUUUUUCGUAAGUAAAUACUACAUUUUUGGUUGACAGUGGAGGAUAAAACCCAGUUGAAACAAACCCUAGAAACCUUCGAGUACACCACAUUUGAUCUAUAGAUUACACCAAAAGGGGCAAAGAAGGAAAAUACCCAUCUCUUAUUGGUUUCAAAUCUUGGUCUCUUUAUUUUUAUUCCCUUCUCUCUAAAACCCAAAACCCCUUCUGAAGAAAAGAACUCAGCUUUGAGUAGCAAAGUAAAGCUCUUUUCUUUACAUUCUUCUACCGCUCUGUUGUUUCCCCUGCUAUUAACUGAAGAGAAUCAAGCGAAAAAAGUCCCAAACUUCUCAAACCCCGGAACCUAACAAUGCCAAACCAAAAACCCGUUUUUAUCUCCUUUUACAAAGCCCUUCUCUUCAUCAUUUUCACCAAUGUAGCUCUGGUAACUUCCAAAUCGACCAUUGAGCCCUGUUCAAACUCUGAUUCCUGCAACUCCUUGCUGGGAUACACUCUCUACACCGACCUGAAAGUCGCCGAGGUAGCUUCCCUCUUCCAGGUGGACCCCAUUUCCAUCCUCACAGCUAACGCCAUCGAUAUCUCUUACCCCGACGUCGAAAACCACAUCCUUCCCGCCCAGCUCUUCAUCAAGAUCCCCAUCCUCUGUUCCUGUGUUGAUGGGAUUCGAAAAUCCGUUUCCACUAAUUACAAGACACGCCCUCAGGACACGCUUUCUUCGAUCGCGGAUUCGAUUUAUGCUGGUCUGGUGUCUGCUGAUCAGAUUAGGGAGGCUAACUCGAUUGCUGAUCCUACUGUUCUUGAUGUGGGGGAGAACCUUCUGGUUCCUUUACCCUGUACUUGUUUUAAUAAUACUGAUAAUGGACUGCCGGCCAUUUAUUUAUCGUAUGUGGUGAAGCCAGUGGAUACUUUAGCUGGAAUUGCAGCGAGUUAUUCGACUACAAUCACGGAUUUGAUGAAUGUUAAUGCUAUGGGGAGUUCUUCCGUUAAAGCUGGUGAUAUUCUAGCUGUUCCUUUAUCAGCUUGUGCUUCGAAUUUUCCUAAAUAUGCCUCAGAUCGUGGAUUGAUUGUCCCCAAUGGGAGCUAUGCUAUUACUGCUAGCCACUGUGUUCAAUGCAGCUGCGGCCCAGGGAGUCUCAAUUUGUACUGCACGCCUGCUUCUUUGGCUGUUUCUUGUUCAAGCAUGCAAUGUAAAAGUAGCAAUCUCAUGCUGGGGAAUGUCACGGUGCAGCAAAGUAGUGCUGGAUGCAAUGUCACUUCUUGCACUUAUGGUGGUUAUUCGAAUGGCACCAUUAUCACUUGGUUGUCAUCAUCCCUUCAACCUCGAUGCCCAGGACCACGGCAAUUUCCUCCCCUUGUAGCCCCACCUUCUUAUGUUACACGGGAUUCAGUCUUUGCCCCAGCACCUGCACCCCAGUCAGAUGGUGCCAUAACAACAGUGCCCAAGACUUCUACAGUGCCAUCUACUGGGUCACUUCCUGGACUUCCCCCAGCACUUGCUCCUUUUGGAAGUUUAUCUGAUGCUUCCUCGUUGGUGAAUUCAUUGGCCACUCUUCCUACUGCACUUAUGAUAUACUUUCUUAUCAAAUUAAUCUCACCCUUCUCAUUGUAAUUUUCCUUGUCAAUUCUGGUGGGGUUUUGUUUUGUAAGGCUGCUUAGUUUUUGACCUGUCCCACUUGUCUGUUGUAUGUAACUUUAUUGAUGACUGCCUUACAUUACUGUGGUGGGAGUUCAUAUUGCACUAGUGAGUUAAUUUUCUUGAUUUCUAAUCAUUCAGUGCAAAUCAUGGGCAGUUGAGCAUUCGGUUCAUUAAGUUUACUGAGCUUUAUGAAACUUCUUGGAUUA